UCGAUAUAAUGAUAGUUCCAAUAUUUCUGUCUGAAUGAAAACAUGGCAACAAUCAUAAAGUUGUUGAUUUUGGCUGCUUACAUUAUUUUAACUUCAUCACUUGGUUUCAAAGGUUAUACAUCCAUUUGGGAACCUACUAAUGGAACAUGCAGAGUGGAAUCCUACUUGGUUCUCAAAUCUAUGAAAUCUGAUAAAUUCGUGAAUGGAAAGGAUACCAUAAAUUUGGUUUGGGGUAGAAACUUCGCUCUCUAUAGGACGUGGGUAGUAGAAGCAGGAAUAGGAUGGUUCGUUUUCAGGAAUGUAAAAAACGGGAAAGGCAGGAAGUUGAUGAGUAUUAAGGGAGGAUGCAAGAAAGCCAAACCAGGAACUAAACUCAUACUUCGAUAUGAAGAUGAAACUCAGGAAGAUAAUAAAUUCGUAUUCAACUCAGAUGGAACUAUUCAGAGUCUUUGUGGCAAAGAGUUGUAUCUUCAGGUAGAAAAUGGGCAUAUAGUACUAGCAGAUAUUGGUGAUCCAAGUGCAAGCAAGAAAGAUAUCAGAUUCUUAAUGGAACCUUUAUGAGUGGGACGAUAUCUUCAAUAUUCGUUGUAUACUUUUGGGUCUUGAAGAAUCUACAAUAUAACACACAUGGAAUUA